CGCCCUCUAAUUACGCAUUCUUAUGCGUACUUCUCUCACAACAAACCAUUCUGCAUUCUUUGAUCCUAAUUAAUAAUAAUAAUUUGUCCAUGCUUAUAACCUAAGUUCAUCAAAAUCAAAUAGCGAUUGCAAUGGUCAGUUCUUCUUCCCCACUGAUCAGCCACAGAAAAGAGGACGUCAAUGGCGGAGAGGAUCGCCACCCGCCGCCGGAUGAUGGGGCGGCGUUCGAUCCCGCGGCGCCGCCGCCGUUCAGGAUCGGAGACAUUCGGGCCGCCAUUCCGGCGCACUGCUGGGUCAAGGAUCCAUGGCGGUCCUGCUAUUAUGUCGUCCGCGACGUCGCCGCCGCCGCCGCGCUGAUCGCCGCCGCCUUGUAUUUUGACAGGUGGACCGCCGCCGUGUGGCCGGUCUACUGGUUUGCUCAGGGGACUGUUUUCUGGGCAAUAUUCGUUCUUGGCCAUGACUGUGGGCAUGGGAGCUUUUCGGACAGCCCCAGGCUGAAUACUGUGAUGGGCCAUAUUCUGCAUUCCUCCAUUCUCGUACCUUAUCAUGGAUGGAGAAUCAGCCACAGGACCCACCAUCAAAACCAUGGACACGUCGAAAACGACGAGUCAUGGGUGCCGCUGCCAGAGAAGCUAUACAGGAAGCUGGAUUAUUCGACAAAAUACUUGAGAUACAAAGUCCCAUUCCCGAUGUUUGCAUACCCUUUAUAUUUGUGGUACAGAAGUCCAGGGAAGACAGGAUCACACUUCAACCCAUACAGUGAGCUGUUCAGAGACGACGAGAGGCAACAGGUGAUGACCUCAACUGCCUGCUGGGCAGCCAUGGUUGCUCUUCUCUUCUGCCUCUCCACCAUCAUUGGUCCACUCUUAGUGCUCAACCUCUACCUCAUUCCCUACAUGGUGUUUGUAGCUUGGCUGGAUACUGUGACAUAUCUGCACCAUCACGACUUCCAGCACAACCUCCCAUGGUACCGUGGCAAGGAGUGGAGCUACUUACGUGGAGGGCUGACGACCGUGGAUCGAGAUUACGGAAUAUUCAACGGCAUCCAUCACGACAUCGGCACUCACGUGAUCCACCACCUCUUCCCUCAGAUCCCUCACUAUCACUUGGUCGAGGCGACACGGGAAGCCAAGAGAGUGUUGGGGAAUUACUACAGAGAGCCGGAAAAAUCGGGGCCUUUUCCGUUCCAUUUAAUCCUAAGCUUAGUGAAUAGCAUUCACAGCAAUCACUAUGUGAGCGACACCGGAGACAUUGUCUACUAUCAAAAAGACUAUUCAUCUAAGCUCUAAUUGAUACAUACUUAUAUGAGCACGCGAUUGGACAACAUUGAUCGACAUAUGUUUUUGUUUUAGCAUUUAUACAACGUAUGUAUGUUGGUUAACAGCUAAGGAAAUAAACAAAGAAUGAUGUGGUAUGUGAUGGAAUAACAAGAAUCGACAAGUAAGCUUAGUGAUUCACGGGGUUGUUCGAGGACAUAUUUUAAUAUAUAGCUAGAUAGCUAGCAUGUAUUGGUUUAAUUCCUUUGUAACUUUUUUCACUUCGACGAGGUUUUUGUGAACCGAUUGAGAGUGAGUUGU